AAUCCAAAUUAUUUAGAGACUUAGAGGCCUGGAUGGGAGGGAACUACAAUAUGUUAUUCAAGGUUUCUGGGAUCCAUGCACUUUGUUGAUGUUGUUUAAUCCGUAUAAGGUGGAUAAGGAUGAACCUAAAAUUAUCCGGAAGGUAGUGAAUGAAAGAUCCGGGAAAGGAAGAGUUGUGAUGGCAAGAAAUAAAACAAUUCAAAAAAUGAUUAGCUUUGCUGCCACGCCGCCUAAUGGACUUUUAAGAGUAAGUUUACCCGUUGGGUCACUGGGUCACCUACUAUUCAUUGCUUUUUAGUAUAUAUUUUCAUUCUCUGGGUCAAGAAAUACACUAUGCCCGUGACCCAGGGCACAAAAUCCACUGUGCAGGUCACCAUGGUGACCCAGAACACUGUACAUGGUGACCCAGGGCACGAAAUACACUGUGCUCGUGACCCAGAGGGUGAAAUUAACACUAAAAAGCAGUGAAUAGUGGGUGACCUAGUGACCCAACGGGUGAACUUGCUCUAAAAUUAUCCGGAAGGUAGUGAAUGAAAGAUCUGGGGGAGUUAGAGAUGUGAUGACAAUAAAUAAAAUAAUUCGAAAAAUGAUUGGCUUUGUUGCUGCGCCGCCUGAUGUGAAUUACAUUUUUCUUAGGAACAAUGAAAUUAUUUUUCCUAGGGACGAUGAAAUUCAUUGCAAUAUUUGGCGACUACUCUAUUAUGUAUCUGUAUGUAUUCUAUUUUUAUUUUCAGAAUUUUGAUUGUUUAAUUUUUUUUUCUGCGAAUGAUUGUAUUUAUUUUUCUAGGGUGAAUUUGGACUUAUAUUUGUCCAGUAUGGUGACACUCGCACAUCACAAGCUCUUUCUGCCUGCUCCAGAAAGUAUUCCCGUAGAAUAUCUAAUGCUCAGCUUGUUACUUUGAUUUGUGUCUGUCAAGGCAAUGUAUCUACUCAGUUAUGUCAUCCCUCAUUACAAGCUCUUUCUGCCUGCUCCAGAAAUUAUAACUAAAACCCUAAUUCCCGUAGAAUAUCUAGUGGACCUGGACGAGAGGGAACUACAAUACGUUAUUCAGGGUUUCUGGGAUCCAUGCACUUGUGUGGUAUUGGUUAAUUCAUAUAGGGUGGAUAAGGAUGAACUAAAAAUUAUCUGGAAAGUGGUGAAUGAAAGAUCUGGGGGAGGAAUAGUUGUGAUGGCAAGAAAUAAAACAAUUCGAAAAAUGAUUAGCUUUGCUGCCGAUCAGCCUGAUGGACUCAAAAUUGUCCGGAAGGUAGUGAAUGAAAAAUUUGGGGGAGGAAGAGUUGUGAUGGCAAGAAAUAAAACAAUUCAAAAAAUGAUUAGCAAUGCUGUUGCGCCGCCUGAUGUGAAUUACAUUUGUUCUGGGGACAGAACAAAUGAAAUUCAUUGGGCAGUGUAUCUACUUGGUUAUGUCAUCCCUCAUCACAAGCUCUUUCUGCCUGCUCCUGAAAGUAUAACUAAAACCCUAAUUCCCGUAGAAUAUCUGGUGGAAUUAGAGCAAAGCAUCGCCUCCACCAUUCCUAGCACCCAGCUAUGAUUGCAGUAGAACCCACGUUCAAUGAGAAUAUUGGCACAUCUGUCAUCGUGACUCCGAGUCAGGUUAUUCACUUUAUGGGAGAUUAUGCUUUACAACAUGAUAUAAAAUCUGUGUGCAUUUGGUGUAAUACUCUCAGAGUGUCUUAUGUUAAAUUGCAAGUAGAUUUUGUUGUU